CUGCAAGCUGCAGAGUGUAGAACUUUUUUAUUCUCUCUUUUCCCCUCCGUGUUUGAUUUUCCAAGAGAAGAUACUUGGACUGUGUCCUGGGUUUGGUUUGAAGAAUGGCUUAUUUUGGGCUUUCAGGCCAUGACUUUUGGGUGCAUUUCAAUUUUAGGGCAAUUUGUGGAAGCUCGGCAAGGGAUUAUGACUUGGUAGGAUAUUGUACUCCUUACCCAGUUUUCUCUGUUGACUUCCGUAG